AUGGGGCUUUUAGAGUGUACUGACUCUCAGAGGGUCACCUUAGCCGUGUACCUACUCGAGGGAGAAGCCGAGAACUGGUGGAGCAGCGUACAGAGAGGGGUGCCAGCUGGUUAUGCAUGGACUUGGGCAGGCUUCAGGACAAAGUUCUUGGAAAAGUAUUUCCCACGUUCAUGCUGGAGCGCCAAGAUUGCACAGUUCCUGAAGUUGGAACAGGGAAAUAUGAUAGUCGCCCAGUAUGAGGCGAAGUUCGAUGAACUAUCACAAUACAUACUAAAGGCCCUAGAGGAUGAGGAGUACAAACUGGAGAAGUUUAAGGAAGGACUGAAGCCCAGGAUACAAUUCCAUCUAUGCACCUGGGAUUUUGGGGACUUCUCGGAAUUGGUAGAUAAAGCAAUGCGGGUGGAAAAAGACUUUGAAUGCACCGUCCGCUCCCGCCCACCUACUCGGGAUGCCCCGUUCCUACUGAGACAGCCCCCUCCUGCCCCGCCUCUCCUUGCAGGGAGACCCAAGCCACUGUCCACGUGA